AUGCACGUGUCGCGGCGUAAGAGAUUAGAAAAGCAGCUAGAGGAAUUGGAUCUCAGCGAAGAGGAGAAAGAGAAGAGACGUCAACAACACGGUUUGAAGGAGACCGAGUUUCUGCGCCUGAAACGUACGAGGUUGUGUGUUGGUGAUUUCGAGACUCUUAAAGUGAUCGGAAGAGGUGCUUUCGGCGAGGUGCGUCUGGUUCAGAAGAAGGAUACAGGUCACAUGUUCGCCAUGAAAAUUCUUCGCAAGUUGGACAUGUUGGAAAAGGAGCAAGUGGCACAUGUGCGAGCAGAGCGAGACAUCCUGUCUGAGGCAGACUGCGAAUGGGACGUGAGUAAUCUCUACCUGGUGAUGGAGUUUUUGCCUGGAGGCGACAUGAUGACCUUGCUGAUGAAGAAGGACACGAUGACCGAAGAAGCGACCCAGUUUUACGUUGCAGAGGCAGCGCUGGCGAUUCAUUCUAUUCAUAAACUUGGUUUUAUACAUCGAGAUAUAAAACCCGACAACCUGUUGUUGGAUGCUAGGGGUCACAUCAAACUGUCAGAUUUUGGGCUUUGCACGGGACUGAAGAAGGCCCACCGGACUGAGUUUUAUCGCGACCUGUCCACUGCUUUGCCAAAGGAUUUCAUAAAUCGUCCUUAUGAUUCUCGAAGAAAAGCCGAAACGUGGAAACGUAACCGUCGUGCUUUGGCGUACUCGACCGUUGGUACUCCGGACUACAUCGCUCCUGAAGUGUUCGUUCAGAACGGUUAUACAAGUUCUUGCGAUUGGUGGUCUCUUGGCGUUAUCAUGUAUGAAAUGCUCAUAGGUUACCCUCCGUUUUGUUCUGAAACUCCACAGGAGACGUAUCGAAAGGUGCUGUGUUGGCAACAGACACUGAUUUUUCCUCCGGAAAUGCCGAUCUCCCCGCACGCAAAGAAUCUCAUAAAAAGGUUCUGUUCCGAAGCCGAGCAUCGAUUGGGUCAUAAUGACGAUCUUGAGGAAAUCAAGCGUCAGCCAUUUUUCUUUUCCGUCGACUGGGAGCACAUUCGUGACCGACCGGCGCCGGUACGGAUCGAUAUCAAAAGCAUAGAUGACACAUCGAAUUUCGACGAGUUUCCGGACGCUGACCUGAAAUUUGCCGAACAAGAAAUCAGUCAUGGCACGAAAUCCUUUGACGACGAUUUGCUGUUUAUGAAUUACACGUUUAAGAGAUUCGAAGGCCUCACGUAG